AUGCCUCCAACUCUCGCAGACUCACUGGUCUUUGGCUCAUUGCAGUGCCCUGAUCCAUCUGCUGCAUGCCGCCAGCUCUCAUUGACUCACUAGUCCUUGGCUCCUCGCCGUGCUGCUGCGCCUGUCAUGGAAGCAUCCAAGUUCCAUCACUGGUCGCGCCUUAUAUAAAGACACACUACACCACCAUCGAUCCAUUCCAUGCACAUCCGACUUUAAUUGUGUUCUUUCCUUUCUAGUCGUUGCAGAUCAGUGAGCGAGUAUAGCUAGUCUUCUCAUGUCUUCUUCCUGCCCGGCGACGUUGGAGAACGGCGGCCACAACGACGGAGUCGAGAUGGCCAUUGGCCAAGCAGGAGAGGGCCGCCGCAGCACCGAUAACAUCGGCCCUCCUGUCACGGGCACCUGCCGCCGAGCGACUAGUCUUCUCAAGUCUUCUUCAUGCUCGGCGACGUCGAAGAACGGUGGCCAGGACCGCGUCGAGAUGGCCAAGCAGGUGGGCCGCCGCAGCGCCGAAAACGUCGACCCUCCCGCCACGGGCAGCCGCCCCCACGGUGGCAGCGGCUUGUUCCAGCGGAGCAACGACGACAAUGGGACGCUGCUGGUGGUGGCGACGCUGAUCACCACGCUCUCGUACCAGGUUGGCAGCAACGUCCCCGGCGGGUACUGGCAGGACGACGCCCCCGGGCACCACGUCGCCGGCGAGCCCAUCAUGCGCACGCAGCGGCGCUUUCAAUACCAUGUCUUCAUCUGGUCGAGCUGGUUCGGCUUCGGCGCCUCAAUGGGGCUCACCCUCGCGCUCCUCACCGGAGUGCCGCCGCGGUCCCGCUUCGUGAGGGGGCUCUUCAUCGUCUCCUAUUCGACCCUCAUCCUCAGCUUCGUCACCCAGCAGGCCUUCUCCAUCGUCUGGGUCAGCCUCCUCGUAUGGGUCGGUGUCAUCGCCCUCAUUACUUCCGCCGUCAACAACCGCACCCAUGGCCACCUCCGAAGGUUCUUCGACUGGUUAUGUAGGGAGCCCGUCGCCCAAACAGCAUCUUAAUUUUGAUCGAAUCAUUCAUGGUCAUGCUAGGCCAUCUAUUUCAUUUCGUUUCUUCAGUCUCCUUCCGUAUAAGCAGGCGCACACCACCAGUCCACAGUGUAAAUGUGUGUGUAACUGUAUAUGCACAAUUUUUUGCUGAAUAUUUUAUUUUAACCUAUUUUUAAAUUGUA